CUUUCUACAUCCACACCGCCAUCAAGUAAUCCUCGAAUCAUCCAACUGCUCCCUACAAUUUCCUUCGUAAACGUCUAAAGAUGAGCUCGCCCUCGGAAUACAAGCGCAUUGUUCUCGCUGAACGCCCUGUGGGCGACAUCGAUGCAAAGACCUUCCGUCGUGAGCAGGUUUCGUUGAGCGAGUUGAAGCCGGGUGCGCAUCAGGUAUUGGUGAAGGUGAACUGGCUUUCAAUUGAUGCUGCUAUGCGAGGCUGGCUGAAAGACGUGAGGAGCUACGUCCCUCCCGUUCAAAUCGGAGAGACUAUGAGGUCGUCGGGGUUGGCAACUGUAGUCGAAGUCGGAGAGGGAUGCGACUUGGUCAAGGGUGAUAUCGUCGCCUGUACACCUGGGUGGACGGAAUACGCGAGGGUGAGCGACAAGGACGCGAGAAAGAUCCAGAUUCCUCCAGGUGCACAAGCACUCGACUUCCUUGGUCCUCUCGGGUUUACAGGAAUGACCGCAUACUUCGGUCUCUACGAUGUCGGCCGCAUCCAACCUGGAGAGACUCUCGUAGUCUCUGGCGCAGCUGGUGCCACUGGCACCCUCGUCUGCCAGAUGGGAAAGCGAAAAGGUGCGAAAGUGAUCGCCAUUGCGGGGUCGGCAGAGAAAUGUGAGUGGUUGGAGAAGGAUUUAGGUGUGGAUAAGGCGAUCAAUUAUAAGAGCCCAACGUUCUUCGAUGACUUCAAGAAACACGUCGGCUUCCUCGACGUCUUCUUCGACAAUGUCGGUGGUGAUAUCCUCAAUUUUGCGCUCACUAGAUUGAACAAAGGAGCCAGGAUCGCUCUCUGCGGUGCGAUCUCAGAUUAUAAUGCCGAGAAACCUAAGGGCCUCUCUGCAUACAUGAAUCUCAUCUCGCAGCGCGCCACACUCCAAGGAUUCAUCGUCUUCGACUACGCCGCCCGUUACCCCGAAGCCGUCAAGGAAAUCUCAUCCUGGCUCGCGGACGGCUCCCUGAAGCGGAAAUAUCAGAUCGUGGAAGGGCUGGAUAAGGCGCCGGAGGCGAUGUCGAUGCUUUAUAGCGGCGGGAAUACCGGGAAGCUGGUCGUGCAUGUCGAUGGUUUGACGGGGGCGAGACUCUGAGCUCAUCGGUUGUCGGUUCCAGGAGAUGUUCGGCCAGAUAUAUUAUUGAUUCCUGAAGUAAACGGCAUUGCUUCCUGUUGUUGAAUGUAUAGUGUACCACGUACGAUGGCUUUGUCGGACAGGAGUGUCGUUCAUUGGAGCAGAUUAUAUCAGAACUGGGGUAGCGCUGCCUUCGUUAGCUGCAACCUUGCUCGGAAGGGGGCGGGGCUUAUUCGAUUUUCGACACGGUACGCUGUGUUGUCUAUGUUAACCAGGGUCGUGUACUGUGCAGG